AUGAGUUUUGAAGACAAAGUACAGAGAAAGAAGUCCACGAGAUGGGUCAGAGCGUCAACCGCCAACUAUGAUGGGGACGAUUGGGGGGACGACGAUUGGGUUGAGGAAGAAUACUAUGAAGAUGAAGAUCAAGAGGUCCCACCUGUACCACAAUUGCCACCUAUUCCCACUGAACAUUUGAAACAAUAUCAAGAUUCUCAAAAAAAUGAUGAUGAGAAGAAUGUACAACUUCAUGAAGAACCUUAUGAUGAUGAUUUUAAUGACGAUGCUAAUAGUUUUGAUGGAGAUGGUACUCCUCAGAUAAAUACAAAUCAAUUCCAAGAUAUUGAUCUUGAUGCACAAGAAGAAGAAGAAGAAGAAGAACCAAAAGAACGUGAUGAAUAUGUCGAUAUGUUAAAUAAUGAAGAUUCUGAAGAUGAUGAAGAUUAUAAACCUCAAUCAAGUUCAAGAUUUCAACCUGUUAUACAAUCACCAAUUGAAUCAAGAUUUGACUUAAAACUUGAAUCUCCAAAUUUGGAAAAAUCAGUGGAACCUGUUGAACAUGUUGAGCCUGUACAGCCUGUACAACCUGUUGAUGAAUUACCUUCAAAAACCCCAAUUGAGGAAACUAUAGAGGCUACAUCAAGUUCAUUCCAACCAUUCCCAGAAGAAACACAUUUAAGUACAGUUGAUCAUCAAAAGGAAGAAACUCCAGUUUACGAAGAACCUCAAUCUGAGAAGCCGCUUGAAACUGAAUCAAUAACUCAAAAAGAUCAAGAAUCUAUCGAUGAACUUGUGAAUGAUUCUGUAACAAGUGAACCAACUGGUAGUCAUUUCCAACCAUUCCCAUCAACUAAUAGUGAUUAUGAUGAUCAUUCAAAAGAAGAGAUUGAAUCUGAAAAUGAUUUAAUUCCACAAAUUGAAGAUAGUGAAGAUGAAGAAUAUAUUCCAACAUCAAAUAGAUUUAAAUCUUCAUUCUUGGAAGAAUCAAAACCAGAACCUCAUUCAGUGGAAAGAUCACCAAGUGUUGAAAGUUUUUCAAAGGCAAAUUAUCAAGAUAAUUUAUCAUCUGUAUCACCUAUUGAACAUCGUUCAAAAUCACCAGCUAAUGAUACUGAUGAUUCUAUACAAGAAAUCGGAUCGAAAAACAUUGAACCUGCUCAAAUCAGCCAAAUUUCAUCAGAGCCUGUUGAUAAGAUUCAUGAUGAUUCAUCACAAGAACAAAUUUCAAAUGAUCAACUUGAGCCUUCAUAUUCAUUAAAAGUGCCAUCUAUACCUCCAGUACCUGAACCUAAACAUCAUUUAUAUGAAGAACCACAACAAGUACAACAACACAUUCCUGAAGAUCCCCAAUCAAGAGAUGAGGAAUCAAUACAACAAGAACAAGAACCACAACCAUCAGAUUCAAGAUCAUUAAGAGUACCGACAAAUUUUGGUGCUGAUUAUUCAGAUGUUUCAGAUACAGAUACUUUACAUAUUCAACAUCCAGAUGAUCCAGGCUCUCCAUCAAUUGAAGAAAUUAGAAGAGAAUUAUCAAAUACUUCAAUUCAAGAUGGUUCAAAAGAUGAUUAUUUUAAAGAUCAUGCUUAUUUAAGUAGUAUUAUUAAUACCCCAGAUUUGAAUGACAAUAGUGGAGCUUUUGAAUCACAACAACAUAAUAAUAAUCAUAUACCUGAACCACAAACCAUUGAAUCUGAACCAAUACCUGUUGAAUCAACACCUGAACCAUUUGUUGAAGAAAAAUCACCAGAAGUUCAAGAAAUAUCUCCAGAACAACGUGGUUCAGAUGCACCAAGAACUUUAUCACAAUAUUAUUCUUCAGUUAAUGAUUAUUUUGAUGAUUAUGCAGACUCAAGUGACAAUGAAAAUAAUUUAAAACCAAGAGAUAGUAGAGCAUUAAGUGUUAGAAGUUCUGGAUCUUUAUCAACUGGAAGUUUUUCAAUCAAAAGUGAAUCAAGAUAUAGAUAUUCUAAAGUUAGUGAUCGUGAUUCAACUUUGAAUCAAUUAGAAAAUCGUUCAAUGAGUUCUUUUAUUCCAGAUACUGUUUCUGAAACUGGUAAUGAACCUCAACAACCAGAACAACAUCCAGGACAAGGACAACAACAACAAGCUCGUGGUAAAGAUGGUAAUUUAAAUCCUACUUUAUCAGUUAAUUUUGGACAUUGGAGACCAGAUACAGAUAGUUUUAGAGAUCAAUUUAUUAGUGGUACUGCACCACCAUUACCUUCAUUAGAUAAUUAUACAAGAAAUUCAAUGGGUGAAAUUAUCGAAGAUAGAGGUUCAAUUAUUGAAACAAAAGACAAAGAAUUAAAUAAAUCAAAUGACGAAUUAAGUAAUAUCCCUCAUGAACAUGAUGAAUCUUCAAUUUCUUUAGAUAAUACUGUUAGUACUUCAGAUACUGAUAGUGUUCAUUUAAGUACACCAGAUAAUGAUAGUAAUAAUAAUAAUGAUAAUGUUGAUAAUAAAAAUAAGAGUCUAGGUGCUUCAUAUCAAACAGAAUCUAAAACUUCAUUACCAUUUCAUAUACCACUGAAUACAACUGAUACAAAUUUAUCAAAUGAUGGACAAUACUUCCAUGAAAAAUUAGGGGUUACAAAUACAAAUUUACCAACUUUACAUGAAAACAAAAGUUCUGAUACAAUUUCAAAAUUAAAUAUUACCAAGAUAUCAGGUAAUAAAAAUACAAAUUAUAAUAUGAAACAAAUUAGUGGUAUAAAUGAUACAGAAAAAAGAAUUCAAAGAUAUAGAGAAGCAAGAAUAGAAGAAACAAAUUUAACUUUAGGAUUAGAAGAAUGGUUAUUACAUUCUAAAAAUUCUCCAAAUAUUUCAAAUUAUAAAAGUAAUGUUGGAAAUUUACAUGUGGCAAAAGCUUAUGCAGAUGCUUCUACAACAGCCAAAAAACAUAAUAUAACAAAUAAUAUGGGAAGUUUCUUACAUAAAAGAAGAGUAUUCCAAGAUACUUCAUCAUCUGCUCAAAGUCUUGCUAAAGGUAUAUUUACAAGAGGUAAAAAAAUGUUAAAGAAUAAUGAUAAUUAA